CUUUCUACUUUACUUCAAGUGUCAAACUCUUUACCAUCAUGGCGCUAUAUAACUUGGUAAUUGAUGUAUUAUGCCUAUGACACUUUUUACGAAGUAGUUAUCUACAUUGAAAAUUGCAUAUAUCUUACUCAAACUGUCUGUGAUGUUUCUCUCAAGAUAGCAGUGCAUAAUACACAUAAUGAACUCCAACACGACAUUUCCAAGCAGCGUUUUGUUCCGUGAAAUCCAUAAAAAUGCAUGGCUCAGAAAAUUACCAGUUGUUGAAAAGAAAGGCGGGGCACAUUCCAAGAAAGGUGAUCGGUUCUGGACGGUGUUCUGCGUUCACGAUGAUACCGAGCCAUACUUGGAGUUAUACGCGGAUAUGAAGGUGGCCGGAACACACAAGCCAGAGUGGAGUGUAUCACUCGCACGGACAGUUCAUAUCUCACCAACAAUUUGUGCGACAGAUGAUGAGUUUGAGUUUGUUAUCACGUUGGGUGAUGAUAUCGUGCGUCUCACUGCUCCAUCAUGGGAAGUGAUGCUGGACUGGGUGGAUAGUCUAAGUGCCAAACUGAGAGAGAUGCGGAUUCUCUCACCCAAGGAGAAUGUGUACAGUCGUCUGCCCGAACUGAGACUUCCACUUUUGCCAACUCGGGAUCCGAACUCCCCCCUGCCCCUACCCCCUGCUGGUCCCUCUGCUCUGGUCCCCGGGAUAGAGCCAGCUGUCACCGUCCUUGCACCAGACCCCCCUCAGGUCAACGGUGAAGCUGGGCCCAGUCGAGAGGAAGAAUCCCUUCAAAGCAGUGCUUCUUCCAGUUUAGUAUACAUUACACAGUCUCCAGCUCCUUCCAGGUCAUCUCGGCCAAUACUCUGCAGAGCAUUGUCAGCUCCUCCUGAGGAGAACGUGACUGUGAUACAAGUGACGACAGAUGAUGUUACGACGUCUCUGCCACAAACUGAAGCGUUUGACUUCAGUUUUGUCAACAACGCUCUGAACCAGGAAGAGGAAGAGGAGUUCUUUACACCACCUGUCACCCCUGUACUGCCCAGAGCAGCUCGUAGACAGCGCCCCACACCCUCCCCCGCACUCAUCCGACCACCAAGGACAUCGGAUCUCCCCCUGCUGACCAACCCGAGGCAUUGGCUGGACGGGGGACAACAUGUCCGGCGGAGCGCUAGCAUGAGAAGCUCGGACGAGGGUGGAGGCGGAGGAGUGACCACUACAACUAGUCCUAGUCACGUUGCCGAGGCUUCAGAACCAGUGGCCGAGCCUGACAACAACGCUCUGUAUGAACAUGUGUUCCUGCCCUCUAGUCAACUAUCGCCCACACCAAUACCCACUUCCAACCCUCUUCCUCCCCCCUCUGUACCUCCUUCUCAGCCUGUCAACGCUGCCGUCCAACCACAGAGUGCACCUACUGGUCGAGGCAGGGGCGCUCACAGACCGAGACGGAGAAGUACGGAGAAUGCUCCUCCCGUUGCUGCAGAUCGUAUCAGGGCCCUACAGCCUGCACCUAACCCCUUCCGUCAGGGAGUGUCAGCAAGUGAAACAAACAACAGUUCCCGGCUGACGCUUAGAGAGCAGCAGGUGCUACAGUUGAGGCGAGAGAUAGCGCACCCUGGUGGUGUACGGCUACAACUGCGGCGGAGGGACUGUCUUGGCUCCAUCGCACUUGUUGAUGCCUUCAGCGUUGUCUGGGUUGCAGGCUGGAAACAGAAGGAACAUCCGAUGCUGUACAACGCUCUUCAUAUUGGAGACCAGCUCAUGUCUGUGGCUGGGAUAAUGGUCCAGAACGCUACGGAUGCACAGCGACUUAUUAGAGGAGCUCCUAGUCUUUACGUAGAGUUUGUGAUAAGGCGAGUGCCGUGUGGGCGGGUUUUUGCUCUACGAAGGGAGGUGGAGGGCCAGGGCCUAGGGAUCGUGUUAGAAGGCAACACUGCAGAGGUGAAGGACGUGACGGCGGGCAGUAUAGCGGCGAACAGCGGACUCUCGUCACGAACUCCCACACUAGACGGGUUGUCACUGUCGACGUGGACCAUCACGGAGGUGAACGGUCGGCCACUCAACCUGUUCUUCAAGGACGGAGAGGUGAGGGACCGGCUGAACGCUGUAGGGCUGGACAUCUCGUUGCUGGUGCAGCCCUCCGAUCUGGUCAAGCAGGUGAAGAAGCAGUUAAAGGCGCUCCGUAGCUAUAAGGACUAUAUAGUGCAAUGAGUUACCGAUGUGCAAUACUUUUGUGCUAGUUUUAGAUAGCCCCAACUCGUCCCUCAGUCUUGUAACGUUAUCGGGAACAAAAUGUUGUUGCAGCGUUCAGAACCUGCAUCUACUUAUACGAUUCUGUUGUUCAGUGUACUCACGCAUUGCCUUAGUUACUGAGGUGAUCAUUUAUUGAUAAGAACUUUUUACAAAUAGAGCUUAUUAUAUUUCAGAAUAUUGUAUUUUUUCACAAAAUAGUUACACUGAGGUCAGACCAAAUAAAAUUUGUGGUGAUUUCACCGGUUGCCUACCUAAUAUUAUUUUAAUUCUUUAUAUGGACUUUGUGGCAAGGCAAACUUUAUUUUUUUUAUACAAAUGUUAUUAGAGUAUUAAUAGUUUUCAAUUGGUUAUGUAAUUGACUGUAAGAUUUUUUAAUUUGCCAGAUUGACAUAAAUAAAAUUUGUUAAAGUGUUGUUAACCUACAAAACAGUUAAAAUAAUGUAUUUUACUUUUAAUCCUACAUCAAUUUCUUACAUCGAUUUCCAUCAAUCCUACAAUUUUACAUCAAACCUAUGUAUUUUCCUUUGUUAGGUGGUGGAUGUUUAAUUCCAAAAAUAAAUACAUAAAGAUGUUUUAAUGAACCCGGAUCAACGAAUGUGAAAUAAGAUAGACUUUGAUGAUCUCUAUAAUGCACAACGUAUGGAUAUAUAUUGUUUUCACACCUCUUAAAUAAAGGCUUAAUUUAGUUAGUAUACAAUACACCCUUUAUAAUAGAUAAUAAAACCACAAUUUUCAUAAUUUUUGCAACAUGUUUGCCUUUUGAGAGUUUUAUACAUUUUUAUACUUCUCAUUUUCAUUUUGUAUAUGGUAUUAUUAACUUUGUAAUUUUUUUCUGAAUUAAAGUCCAAAAGAUUCUCUUCUUGUCUAACACUGACUGAAAUAUGUCAAUUAUUUCAUUAAAUGAAAAUGACCAACCACAAGUUAAGGAAGACAUGGCUUUCCAGUUAAAUACAAUUGUUAUGCAACAUUAAAAAUGGUAGAAAAAUGUGCUUCCUUCAUAGCCGUUAUAUUUAACAGUAAAUACAAUUAUCAUUUUGUAACAAGAAAUUGUAUUAUUUGCUUGAAGUAAUUAUAAAUUUAUAUUCUAUAACGUUUUUAAACUUUCUUCCCCAUAAACAGACGAGAAAUGUAGAAAAUGUAAACUAAUUUAGUUGAAGACUCAAAUUGUACAGUUUUUAAUAACCAAAUUUGUAUUACUCUGGACAAGUCUUUUGCAAAUAAACUAGGGAGGGCAAGUAUUAUUUAUUCAAGCUGAGUUCUUUGUUAAAAUAAUUAUAUGAUACUAAAUUCAACUGAACUCGGUUUAAAUAUAGUAAAAGUAGUUAUGAAAGCGGAAAGUUUCAAUAAUCAUCAAUAUGAGUUGGAAUAUGAAGAUGUUUCUGGAUGUUGUUUCUUCGUUAAACAAUCAUAGGCGUGCAUUUGCAUAACCAAAAAGAAGUAAGACAAACGGAUCUGUUAUUAGAAUAUGCUUUUGUGUAGGAUCUGAUUCUUGUUCCUUAACAAAUUCUUCUAGUCUUGUAUAAGAUUUUUUAUCUUAAAUUUAGUGAAAAAAGUAAGUUGUGAUUGAGAUAAAUUUGGAAGGCAUCCUGAUUCAUGCCUAAUCAUUUGGUCAUGUCACAUUGUGCUACACAGUUUUUUCACUGUGUUACGCCAUUUCUUUUAUACAGUUUCAUGCAAGGUUGGGCUAGAAAAACCUGGAGUAUGCUUAAAAAAAUUUUUUACUUACAAAUCUUGCAGUUUGAUGUUAUUACUUUCAAUGUACACAGUUCCAAGUGAAUUUUCCAUUGUGCUUAGCAAUGCUGCAGAUAAUUUUCCGUAAUUUCAUUCAUGACUUCCAUCGCUUUUUAUUUUACUGCUGUAAGAACUUUAAUUUGACUUUAGGCAAGAAAAAGAUUACAGGAGGCCAAGUCAGGUGUGUAAGGGUGAAUGGUCUAGACCUUUCAACCAUUUAAAGUUGGCUAAAAAUGUCUUCACUGUCAAAGCAUUGUGAGUUAGGGCAUUAUCCUGGUGUAGGAUCAAUAACUUGUUUCUUAAGAUAGCAAGUUGCUGUUUCGUUUUUUCCAUACACGCUAAUGUAGAGAGUAGUCAGAAAACUGAAGUAGUAAUGCUGAUUCACUGCUCCUCGGGUAUCCAAACAAUGUACAUACAAUCCCUUUGAUACCAAGAGAACAAUCAUCAUUCUCUUGAAUUUUGAUUUUGACACUGGUGCUUUUUUUGUCAUGAAGAACUAUGGGAUUUCCAAUGCAUCGAUAAUCACGGUCAAUGUUUUUUAGGAUGUCAUAACAAAUCAUUCUUCAGCAUUCCUGUUGUUCAGAUGUGAUAUAUUUAAGAACUGUUUUUGAACAGACUUUGUUUUCAUGCUGAAACUUUGAUAAAGAAUCUGCCUGGCAGUUUCCUUGUAAAUUCCUUAAACUCAGAUAUUGCUCUGAUAGGUAAACAGUGAUCUUGUCGAACAAAUUACAGAUUUUUGCAACUCACUUUUUGCUGACGAAGGUCUGCCAGUGCAUGUGUCAUCAUUUGUGUUUUUGUGGUCACUUUUUAAUCGAUUUUUAGACGACUCAAACACUUGUGUUCAUGAUAAACAAUCGUCACUGUACACUUGUAAAAUUUUAAAUGUUUCACUUGCGGAUUAUACAAGUUACAAAAGAAAUUUUUGUUCUUUCUUAGGUACUCAAUAUUUUUCUGACGUAGAGGCAAAAUAUUAACUGGUUAUAGCUGGUGCAUUUUGUCCCAUCGAAACGAAUCUUGAGCGGAAAGAGAAUCACAUGAUUGGCUGUUCUAUAUCUUCAGCCUUAUUGCAUUUUUAUUUUGUAGCUACAACAAUACUACUCCAGUUUCUUUCUAGCCAAACCUUGUAUGCCUCUGUAGUUUUUGUACAGGCAGAACUUUCAACUAGGGGAGCAAUUCUUAUAAAAAUAAAAAAUGCUAAUGGAUUUCAAAUUGUGAAGAACAGUGUAUUUGGAGAUCAAAUCAAAAUAGAAAUAAAAGUAACAAAACCAUCACAACAACAUAUUCUCAUAGUGGACUAUUUUAAAUGUAAGUAUUAGAUAACAACAAAUUGUCACCCUGUAACUCAAAGGUUAAAGACCAACAUUGGUUUGUUCUAUACCUAAUCUGGUACACCCCUUUGCAAACACGUUAAACAUUUUUUCAUAUGAAUUUAUAAAUCAAAAUUUGUGCAAUGUAGAUCUGUAAAUUGUUCCAGUUUGUUAACAAUUUUGUUGGCUAAAGUUAGAAUGUACAGGAAUUACUUUGCCCCCACUGGUUGGCUUAUAAUGUUUAAUAGCUCACCAUUCUAGUGAAUAGUGCAAUAUUCUAAAAGCUUAAGCUGUUAUUGUUUACUUGUUUUUUGCAGCUUUGUUUUUACUUUUCUGUUAAUUAUUAUUGUAAGUUUUGGUUAUUUAUAAGUUUUAUGCUUUCGGUAUUGUUAACUAUAGUACAGUAAAACACAAGUUGUGAUUGUGAUGUGUUCUAUAGUACUGUAAUAGAAGUUCUUUACAGCUGGUGAAUACUGUAGUCGUAUUUUUAUCUUUAUUUACCUUUUUAGGUGCCAAGUCAGUGAUUCUUAAUUGAGUUAGUGAAAUUAAUUAAGGUACAUAUGAUUUAAUUUUACACUAAUUUAUGAUUUUAUCCAAUAGUAUGAAACAUGUUAUUAGCCGUUAUUUGUGACGUGGAAAGUGAAAGGAAUAUCGUAGUAAACAUUCUUUACUUUAAACAGUUUGAUACAAGAAGUUAUAGGAGAAUUUGGAUGUUUUUCACAAAAUACAUGUUUACUGAGAAAACAUUGAAUUUCUUUAUUCAAAUUCUUUAUGUUUUUCACCUUUUUCACAUCAAUAUUAGUCGAAAGAUCACAAAAUAAACCAAAAUAAUCUAUGAAAACUUACAAUAUAAAUUUUUUACCUCAAUCAAUAAUUUCCUUUGCACUAAACAAUAGCAAGUUACUAUUCCAACAAAAGGUCUCUUUUUACUUUCCACCUCACAUUUAUUUUUAUAUAUCUUUUUAUUAUAUAUACUUAUGCCAUCAUUUAUAAGAGAGAUUUCACCAUACAAAAGCUAUUGUCUGUGCACUAUUAAUUGUCAAGAUUGUUAUUUGUGCUUCAUCAAGUUUAUAUUUCACAUUUUCAUUACAUGAAGUGCUGCGCGAUCAAAUAAAUUCGUUCUUUGAGUAUCGAUAUUAGUAACUUACCAUGAUUAGAAAUUAGGAUUUCAACAUCAUAAUACAUUUUAGCCUAAAAAAGAGAUACUGAUACAAAAAUAAUGAUUAAUUAGAUAAAGAUUACCCUUGGUAAAUUUAUUAUAAUUUUUUUUAAAUUUUUCCAAUAAAAGUAUUUAAUAUUAUUUUACACUGGAGUAAUAGAAGUAAACGAAUAUUAGUUUAUAUAUAAUAAUAAUAAACCUUUUUAACACUU